AUGAAAAAAUCAUGCCAAUACUUAGAAAAUGAGACACUUGAAUUGAAAUCACAGAAGGAAAACCUUAACACAAAACUAGUUGAAAUAGAAAUGAAUCAAAUGAGGAACAAUCUUAUGUUCUAUGGCAUUAAAGAAGGAGGAAGUGAUGAAAAUUGUAUAAAUCUAGUAAAAUCAAUAAUGACAGACAAAUUGAAAAUGGACCCGGAAGUAGUAGAAGGAAUUACAAUCGAUAGAGCGUAUCGGAUGGGCAGAAUGACGUCAUCAAAAUCCACCAGACCAAUUGUUGCCAAAUUUCACUACCCUAAAGAAAAGGAUAAGAUAAGAGCAAGAUCGUUUGAAUAUGCUGGAGAUCUUAAUUCGGUAAAAUUGGGGAUUGGCGCACAACUACCAAAACAGCUGCGAGAAGCCAGAAAACCACUUUAUCCUGCAAUGAAGAAAGCGAAAGAUGCUGGAAAACACGUUAGAUUUGUUGAUUUUAACGAAUUUUCUGACCAUUCUCCUCUCUCAUUUACCCUUGUAAAAAAGAAAGAAUGUACAUCUCGAAUAGCAGAAUCGGGUAUUCAUCCCAGCGAGGAUAAGAUUUCGUGGGACGAAGAAAAAAUACCCCUGUUUAGAUCACAACUUUUAGAUAGAAAUGACGAUAUUUUAAAACUUACUCAAGAGGUCAUAGAUCAACCAAUAGACCACGUGGUACAAAAUAUUUCACAAUUCAUAUCUGACAAUGCAUUCGAUGUGUUCGGAACAAAGCGAAUUUUAAAUCAUAAACAUGGAAAAUUAAGCAAAAAAUGGUUUGAUAAGGAUUGCUUCGAGGCAAAAAAGGAAUUUAAGAAAGCACGUAAUGUUUUUAAUAGGCACAAUACAGUUGAUAAUCGCCUCCAUUUUAUACAUACGCGAACGCGUUAUAAUAAAAUUAAACGAUCUGCAAGACAUAAGUUCAAAAUAAAAGAAGGCUUAAGAAUAAAUAACUUAGCUAAAUCUCAACCCCGGAAAUUUUGGCAAAACAUAAAAAAUACUUAUAAAGAUGAUAAAGAAAAGACUGAUACAUUAAAUGUUGAACAACUAUAUGACCAUUUUAAGGCACUAUUCGGCGAGGAAAGCCAAAAUGAAAAUCAAAACUUUUUAUUCAAUGAUAACUUAAUUGAUGAAGAUCUAGACGCAGAAAUUAAUGAGUGCGAGUUACGGGAAGCUAUAUUUUCUCAAAAUAAUAAUAAAUCACCAGGCUAUGAUAAAUUAACAUGUGAAAUUUUUAAAGCAGCCUACGAUAUCAUGUCUCCAUUGUUGCUUAAACUCUACAAUAGAUUGUUUAUUAAUAGUGAAUAUCCUAAAGUUUGGGGGGAGGGUAUCAUUACGCCUGUUUUCAAAAAAGGAGAUGUUAAUGAUGCUAAAAAUUACAGAGGGAUUACACUUAUUAAUAUUCUUGCGAAAAUUUAUUCCCAGAUAUUGUUAAAUAGACUUAGUAAGUGGUCAAUAAAACAUGAUAAAAUUUGUAGUGAACAAUUUGGUUUCCAAAAAGGAAAAUCAGUGUCUGAUUGUAUUUUUAUUUUUCAUGCAGUUAUAUCAAAUGUUCUAAAUUCGGGUAAUAAGUUAUAUUGUAUUUUUGUUGAUUACGAAAAAUGUUUUGAUAAAAUAGAUAGAUCGUUUUUGUGGCAAAAGCUUAUUGCAGAAAAUAUUAGCACGCGAUUUGUUAAAGCAAUGAAAUCAAUGUACACUACUGUAAAAUCAUGUGUAAGGUAUAAUUCUACAUAUUCAGAUUUUUUCAAUUCUCAUAUAGGCUUGAAACAGG